AUGGGUUCCAAGUACCCACGCUCUGUCCGGGGCUGUCUGCCCCUGUUCGCAUUAGCGCUGGAGACGGCUCUCAUCCUCAGCUUCUUCUUUUUCACCUCCUACAGUGGUUCCAUACCGGAUCAAAGGGAUCUCUUAGAGGCCUAUCGAGGCUUCCAGGACGUCACGGUCAUGGCGGCUCUUGGUUUCGGCUUCCUCAACUCGUCGCUGCGGAGACAUGGCUGGAGCAGCGUGGCCUUCACCCUCUUCCUGCUGGCCCUCGGGGUGCAAUGGGCAAUUCUCGUGGAUGGCUUCCUGAGCCACUUCUUCCGGGAGCAUGUGGCCCUCACCCUGUCCAGUCUUCAAAUAGCUACCAUGAGCGCCAUGUCCACGCUGAUCUCCGCGGGCGCUGUCCUGGGGAAGGCCAACCUGGUGCAGCUGAUGUUGAUGGCGCUGAUGGAGGUGACAGCCUUUGGCACCUUGAGGAUGGUCAACAAUCUAGUCCUCGCUACUCACAUCCACAAUGCUGUGCUGGCAGGAGGCGUGGCUGUGGGGAUCCCAGGUCACAUGAUUCUUUCUCCUUGGGUUGCCAUGGUGCUGGGCCUUCUGGCUGGGCUCUUCUCCAUCGGGGGAGCCAAGUGCCUACCGGUGUGUUUGAACCGUGUGCUGGGGAUUCAUGACACCGGCAGCGUGCACUCCACCUUCGGCUUGCCGGGUCUGCUUGGAGGGAUCACCAACCUCAUAUUGAUGAUGCACUGGGUCGACUGGACCAAGAAUUCCAUGCUCACCUACCAGCUGCUCAUCUACACGGGGGUCCUCAGCUUAGCCGUGGCCAUGGGUCUGGUAUCUGGUCUCCUGACAGGUUGGCUUCUGGCCCUCAAAAUCUGGAAAGCACCUCACGCGGCUAAAUAUUUCGAUGACCAAGCUUUCUGGAAGUUUCCUCAUUUGACUGUUGGAUAUUAAACCCAAGAACCCAAGGAAAACAAGUUCUGUCCAAGAGCAAGACUCCUUACUUUUGUGUUUCCCACCUUUUCUGAGCGACACUCAUUCUUACAGGAUGGUCUCUGUUUCGUGAAACAAGGGCAGAGAGAGAUUUCAGAUUAAAAGCAAAAGUCUUAAACCGUGUUGAAGUGGUCAUUGAACAAAUUAUUUUCAAUAAAUGUUUGGUUUCCUUAGAGAUGAUAUCAGUG